UACUCAUAUUUAGGUUAAUCCUUAUCAGUAUUAGUUGACAUCUGGAUUCUUUCCAUUUGAAAUGGGAUUUCUAAGGACGCCCAAUGAAAAUAAAAUCUUACCCGACCCUAAUCAGGUGCCCGUUGCUAUAAUUGAACCUUCAUCCAGUAGUGAUGAGGAGGAAGUGAUUGAACCAAUUCGACUGCCUGAGCAUCAGCCUCGUAGACCUGCCCAGCCAAGACGCAAACUUGUGUUGCAAGCAUUGCAGGAUGGGAUCUCCUGCAGGAACUGCAAAGUGGGCCGCAGAUGGUCUCGUAGAAUUGAUAACAAUGCAUUCCUUCAAAAUCUGCUCAAGGGUGAAGAACUACAUGAUGAUAUAAUCGAACAAGAACCAACAGUGUUUGAGAGACUUAUGUGUAAUGAGGAUGCUAUGAAGGCGUGGGAGAAUUUUAUGUGUCAACCAGAAGAAGAACAGCACGCUUUCCUGACAAAGCAGUUCGCUAAAGUGCGAGAGGCUAAGGCGAGAUGUGCCCAAGAGAUGUCUGAGAAGCAGCCUGAUGGAAGACCUGACGAAGGCAGAAAAUACUUUAAGAGAAUUUGUCCCCUGGUUCAGAAGUUCUUGAACAGUGAAGAGUUGCCUAAGGGGACAUUGCUGAGUUUGGAACCUUGCAUUCUUGAGUUCUUCCUUGCGGAACCCACUGGACAAUACAUCAGUGAUCCCCUUGGGAAUGAUGACAGGAAAGUCCUUCAUGGGCUUGCUCAAUAUAUGGAUCUCAAUUCUCAGAGCUUUAACUCUGAAUUGAGCUGUGAUCAUCGCUGUACCAAGGUGACCAACUCUAAAGACACCUUCACUGCUCCUGCCGUGCUCUUGUCCGAGUUCCUUGGAAUCAGCUGAUGCUGUUAUGAAGCCAACAAUACUUCAGCCGUCCAUGUCUGUGGAUUGCAGUUAAAACUCAAAGAUUGUACUUUAAGCCCGAAAUCUUGUAUGGUUUCCAAAAUUACUUGUUCUGUUCAGUCAUAAUAUUUUCACCCAUCAGUGGGUGUUCAACCAUUGUUUGUGUUAACACUCUUAACAGUGUUGAAAACCUUACCUACUAACACAGUAGGUAUUUGAUUGUUUUAACAGUUACCCACAUAGCACCGAAUAUUUAUUUGAUAUCAAAUAGCUAUCAAAUUUUUGACAUUUGAAUA